AUGCCUAACUCUCCCCUGGAAUCACCAACACUUCAGCCUGUUCCAGCACUACCUACUUGGGAAGACUGUCCUGAUAAUACUUAUGAGCAAGACCAAGGCUCAUUUGAGCCUUUUCAGCUUCCAAAAACAAUGGCAAGUGAAUGCAGGAAUCAUAUCUGCAUCACCUCCUGGAUUGAGAAGCUCCUCCAGAGGAUAGGAGAUGUGUUGUCUGCGACCAGGAUGGGGUCUACAAAUGUCAAGAUUGUCUUGGGGAGCCACUCUAUUGCACGAGAUGUUGCAGGAGUCAACAUUGUCGCAAUCCUUUCCACUGGAUCAGUCAAUGGAAUGGUCAAUUCUUCGAGCAAAGUUGUCUUGCUCAUGUGGGAUUUGUUCGAAGGAGACGAACCUGAAGACCAGCUUGAGCCUGAAGAUCUACCAUCUGUGUCGGGACCAGAGUUCCAGCCUAAGGAAAACACCAUGGUCAUCGUCGACAAGUCCGAAGUUCAUCGCCUUGAGACUAUGUUCACCUUCAGAGUGCUCGACAAUUUUCUAUUGGACAACCUAGAAUGCGACACCUCCGCAAUGAACUGUUACAGCAAGCUCUGGCGAAUGACCUCCAGCAUGUUUCCUCACCUUGUUCCGGCACUUGGCAAGGACCAAUACAGAGAGCUCAUGAGAGUCGCUCGACAGUGGAGGCAGUUGAAGACCAUGAAAUGGCAUGGCUUUGGCCAUUGUUCCAACACCCCAAAUGCUGGAGAUCUUGCAUUGUUUUGCCUGACAUUUUCUCAGCCUGGGAUCAACAUACCCUUGUCAGGGGAUGAAACACUUGAUGAACAAAUGAACAUGGACUACGCCCUUUGCGAGGCUGCCCAGCACAACACGGAAGGCAUUACCAGGGCUGUCACCUUUUAUGACAUCAACUGUCAAUACAACAAGCACCUUCAGGUUCGGGUGGAUCAAAGCCGAUUUCUUAAAAUGGUACCGGAAUUGACCAUCAUUCCUGGCAUCGGUUUGUGGCACAUGCAUGGACAUCAAGACAGCUGCUAUGUCCGAUAUGGGUCGAAUUUCAUUGAAGGCAUUGGCCAGAUAGAUGGAGAGAUCAUGGAGACUCUCUGGGCACAUCUCAACCUAAUUUCUCCCGCUGCUCGGGGAAUGUUGUCCCCUCAUCGACAGGAAUGUCUCAAUUUUCAGAUGAAUGAUUCCAACUUCUGCAAGAUGAUCCACAUGAAAAGGACCCUUUGCCAUAAAUACAAGCAGGCAAAAAAUUGA